AUGUCCGGAUACUACGGAGGCCCCCCUCAGGGCGGCGGCUAUGACAACUACGGCCAACAGCAAGGUCAGUAUUAUCAAGGCCAGGGCCAAUACCAGCAGCCCCCGCAGCAACAACCGUAUGGGAACCAGCAUCAGGGAUUUCCCCAGCAAGGUGGCUACUAUGACCAAGGCUUCCCUCAACAGCAGCAGCAAUAUGGCUAUAAUGCCCAUCAGCAGUAUGAUAACGGAGGUCAGCAGCAGUAUGGCGGUGGGUACCCUCCCGCCGGCCAGCAGCAGCAUCAAGGUGAGAGCAAUGCAUACUACGGCGGCGGUCCGCCUCAGCAUGGCGGAAUGCAAGGGGCUCCCGCUUACCCCCAGGGUCCAGGUGGGCCAGCAGGUCCAGGCGGCCCUGAAGGUGAGCGAGGCCUGGGAAGUACGCUGGUCGGAGCUGCUGGAGGUGGAUUUAUGGGUCACAAGCUUGGCGGGGGGGCGUUGGGCACCAUCGGUGGCGCUGUUAUCGGCGCUGUUGGAGCUAACGUCGCUGGACAUGCCAUUAAGGACCAUAAGAAGAAACACAAAGGUGACAAGAAGCACAAGAAGGAUAAGAAACACAAAAAAGAAAAGAAGAGAGGCCACGGAUCCUCGUCCUCGUCCUCGUCCUCUGAUAGCAGCGACAGCGACUAG